AAGAUGGCCGCAAAUAGUCGAGCUCGUGUUCGACUUUCGGAAGCUUCACAAGCCUUUCUAAAUGACGAUGCAGACGCCCGAGCUUCUGGAGAAUAUUCUGCUGAAGAUUCUACAUCAGAAAAGGUAAUUGAUUUGCUUAAUCAAGCUCAGCUGGAGAAGGAAAACAAACUGAAUUGUCUGAAACAGGUCCAAGAGUUCAUUGUGAACAAAGACCCAACCCUUCUUGAUAAUUUUUUGGAUGAAAUCCUGGUUUUCCAGCAAGAUCGAUCAGCAGAUGUACGUAAAUUUGUGGUUGGAUUCAUUGAGGAGGCAUGCAAAAAAGACAUUGAACUGUUAAGCAAAGUGCUCAACAAUCUGGGUUUUAUGUUGAAUGAUGAUAAUGUUGCUGUUCAGAAGCGAGUCAUGCUGUGUUUUACACAGCUGUACAAGUAUGCUUUACAGUACAUCUGCAAGCAAAAAGCAAUAUCUGAAGAGCUAGAACGCAUGUGGGAGCUUCUCAUCCAGAUAAAGGAACAGAUUAUUGAUAUGCUGGAAUCUGACAAUGAUGGAAUAAGAACUCAUGCUAUAAAGUUUAUGGAGAUGCUUGUUCUUGUCCAGUCACUUAAAACUCAGGAUUCUGAGUCACUGAAGAAAGGCGAGGCUGACAUCUCAUUGGAGAUAGUUCCCAGAAAUCAUCCUCUAAUCAAGAUGACAGAACUAAGGGAGGAAGGAGGAUCAACACUGGAAUCUCUACUCACCCUCAUUGCAUCUCACACCAUCUCCAGUGUUAACCUCAUGGCUUCCCUUGGAUCCCUGUCAGCAAUUGCUCGUCAAAGGCCUGCUUUUAUGUCCAUUGUUGUUCAGGCAUUUGAGUCUCUCCAUGCUAAUCUUCCAACUUCUCUGAGCAAAUCGCAAGUCAGCAGUGUUAGGAAAAAUCUGAAGCUUCAUCUGAUGAGUUUGAUGAAACAUCCAUCUUCAAUUGAGUUCCUUCCCCAGAUUACCACACUUUUAACAGAUCUUGGGGCUUCUCAGGCUGAGCUUCAAAGGAAUAUGCCAAAAGCCAGUGCCGAGAAAAGAAGGUCUGAACCAGAAGCGGCGUCUUCAAAGAAGCCGAAGCUUGAUACUGAAGAGAUAGAGACGAUGUCUGCAUCAGAUGCGGUAGACAUGACAGCACAGGAUAUUAUCCCCAGACUCAACAAAGACACUGUAACAGACCUUGUACUGGUCAGCAUGUUGGCUCUUCCUGACAGCAUUCCUUCCCACUUCCACGACACCUACACCCCCAUCGCCGCCGCAGGUGGACAGGCGCAGGUUGUUCAUCUUGCUCGACUGUUAGCCACCCAGAUGAAUGCUGCCAAGAUUGGAAAAGGCUACGAGAGAAUGGAAGCUUUGCGAAAGGCUCAGAAUGACCCACGAAUGAAGGAGGAGAGUAUGUCGAUCCCUGUGAUUGGUGGACCAGGCUUUAACGGGCCUGGCGCUGAAGACGAUCCUAUGUUUAUGUUUGGUGUACCUAAACCCGAAGAGGAUUCAGCAUUGCAGAGGAUGUUAGGUGGACACCUUGAGGCAACCAAAGAAAAGAGACCGAUGGAUAUAAAGAAGACGCCAUUUGUACCUAAAGAACCUGCUGUCCCUCAGCUGCGCAUGAGGAAGAUCAAGCCAUUCAAGUUAUCUGAUGUGACAAGGGAAUUGAAUCCGGACGAAAGACAAAGUCUGAUGACGAACGCUGUCAGUAGAAUACUUGCCUCUGAAGGUAGUGCUGCAAGGAGCGGAGUUACACAGGAACGCAUCAAUCUCAUUGUCGGACUUGUUACACAAUUGGGAGGGGAUCUUAAAAUGGUUCUCCAAGAAUUUAUUCAGGAGGAGAUCCGAUCCCGAUAUGAUCUGUUGAUGUCCUGGCUGUAUCAAGAAUACGCAUCAUCAGAAAUUGAAGGAAUAGAUGAGGAUUCUGACCUGCGCCAAUCGUACAGUGAUUGUCUUCUAAAUCUUAUGGACGGACUCUACGCUAAACUGGAUCCUAAGGAUAAAUUGUUUACUCGUAUUCUUCUUGACAUCCCGGCAUUAACAGACGGAGCAGUAAUGGCAGUGAGAAUGUAUUGUGAAGACUUGGAUCGGCUUCAAGUUGGAUUCUCUACUCUAAGAGAACUAAUCUUAAAACGUCCAGCCACCCAAGAGCAGUUGUUACAGACUCUGCUAGAGCUGACCACAAACGAGAAGGAGCAAGUUAGGGUGCAGGCCAUUCACUCGGCGAAGAAACUCCACACGCGGCCUGAACUCGCCGAAUCUAUUGAGAAAUACGCGCUCACUUCCUUGCAACAAUUGUUAGCCGACCAUCCACCCGCUCCGGAAGGACUGGACCCAGAUAUAGAAGUAGCUCCUGGGGAGUGGACAGAUGACACGAUCAAACUUUGUCUUUAUCUAUACCUCGCGUUGCUUCCACAAAACCACAAGUUGUUUCACGAGUUGGCCAAAGUGUACACAGCUUCCUCGCAAAUCAUAAAAAGAAUCAUUCUCAGACACCUUGAACAUCCUGUUCGUGCAAUUGGCAUGGCUUCUCCUGAGCUCUUGCAGUUGGUGGAGAACUGUCCUACAGGCGCUGAAACUCUUAUUGCCAGAAUCUUGAACAUUAUUACCGACAAAGCGGUGCCCACGGAUGAACUGGUGAAGCGAGUCAAGGAGCUGUACCACAAGCGUGUGUCUGAUGUGCGAUUCCUGAUUCCUGUACUUACUGGACUGAAAAAACAAGAGAUUAUCGCUGUGCUGCCCAAACUGAUCAAACAGUCGCCCAGCGUGGUCAAAGAAGUGUUUAACAGGCUGCUAGGAUGCUUCCAUAGUGAUUCUAAAGUAUCCGCCACCAGCCCCCUCAGUCCGUCCGAGCUCCUGGUUGCUCUUCAUCAGAUCGAGGCUAAAAGUGACAUGAAGUCUGUUAUGAAAGCCAGCAGCUUGUGUUUCGCGGAGAAGACCAUUUACACUCAAGAGGUGCUAGCAGUGGUUCUGCAUCAGUUGAUGGAAAUGAAUCCUCUCCCUACCCUAUUUAUGAGAACGGUGAUCCAGUCUCUCAGUAUUUGUCCUCGGUUGGUCGGUUUUGUCAUGAAUAUUCUCGCAAAACUUAUCACAAAACAGGUAUGGAAACAGCCAAAAGUGUGGCAGGGAUUUGUGAAGUGUUGUCAGAUGACCAAGCCUCAGUCCUUCUCGGUCCUUCUUCAACUCCCUUCCCGACAGUUAGAGAGUGUGUUUGAGAUUUGCCCAGAGCUCAAAGAAAAUCUGGUUUUGCAUGUUCAGUCGUUCACUCCUCACCAGCGAGCUCACAUACCAAGAUCCCUGUUGCAAAUCUUAGAAAAGGACGGAAAGAAAGACGAAAAGAAACCGAAACCAGAAAAACCAGAUAAGGAACAAAUCGACCCUGAGGAAGAGGAGGAGGAAGAGGAAGAAGAAGACUCAACGAAGGGCGACAAAUCUCCGAAGCGGACACGAUCACACAUCAGGGAGGCGCUGAAAGAUAAACGGAAAUCACGAAGAUCGCGCUCUCGCUCCAGGUCACCGCGGAAGAAACGGGAGAAAAGUGCUGGCGAAGAAAGUGCAAGCGAAGGGGAAAUCAACUAAAUGAAUGAGGAUGGAUACUUCACUUUUUAUAACAUGAUGUUUGUAGAAUGGUGGUAGAGUUACACCAUCUGAUAAAUUUUUAAGACUCAACUUCGUUCCCAGACUAUCUCUUCUCCCCACUCGCUGGAGCAAGACACCCGAGGAACAGAGCUGGAA